AUUCGCCGUGCAACAGAAAGCGCGUAUUUAUUCCAUGAUAUGAUGACAGCGUUGGACACCCUCGUGGAUUUCAUUUUGAAUUAUUACAAAUUUGAUUGUACUCGCAAGAGUUCAAGUUUAAUCGAAAGUUAAUAGUGCAGCAGAAGUGACAAUCCUACCAAAAAUUAGAAAAAAACAGCGAAAACUACGUAUUGGACAUGGAUGUAACUACUACAAACCAAACUGCUAAACCAGUAAUAAAUUCGCUUGCGGAAGGCAACGUGCUACAGGAGUCUGUGGAUCUUUUAACACAACGAGGAUCAGUUCAAGAAAUUCUUCCUGUACUCUCUGCUGACGUGAGUGUCAAUAAAAAUAAAAGGCAAAAUGAAGCGAGCCCACUAAGUAUUGUUCCAACGCCAGUUGACAUUCCCAAUACUUCAGCACUCGCAACGAUAGGAAUAUCAAACACAUCAUCUGUGGGCUUAAGCCUACCUCCACCGAAAUCUAAUUUAAAUGUCACAGAAUCGUCCUCAGAUGCUGCUUUAUUGAGCUGUUUGCUACCUGCUCCGGCUUCUUUUUCAAGCGCAGGGAUAAGGGCAACUUCAACACCACCACCCCAUAGUUCUUCAGGCCAGACAGGACCAGCACAACUAGCACCUGCACCAUGUGCAAGUGAUUUUGACUCAGACACUGAAUUAUCAGUUGUAGCAGCGGCAACCACAACAGUAAUUACUACUACAAUAGACCACUCGACAACAUCGUCAGCUUCAACAGUAGCGUCUACUCCUGUUCAAACUGCUUUAUUAGCAACUGCAAACGGCCACGCCAAUAGCAGCAACUCCAAUAGUUGUCAGCAACUGAGUCUAAUCACAAAACAGCAACGCCAACAGAAACGUCGGCGUGAACGAGCCCAGCGCCUGCAGGCAGAGCGCGAUAAUCGAUGCGGUUUAAGUGCGUUAAGUGGCACUUUGAUUGGGGGAUCUGUAGGUGUGGGUGUUGGCCUUGGGAUAAACGCUGCUACUGGCAGUAGCAAUACUGGUAUGAUUGGUUCUGUAACUGCGCCUACCAUAUUGAUAGGUAGCAGCAGCUCAUUGGGUCCUGGCAAUAGCAUGUUAUAUCACCUCAAUAGUGCUGGUAGUAUGGGAGAAGAUAGCAAUAACUCCAAUGGCAACUUUACUAGCAGUAGUAACGGUAGCAACAAUUUGCUACCACCUACGGACAGCAUUGCAUCAUUGCUAUUGAAUCCACCACAUUCUCCUGAAUGCAAUUCUGGUCUGAUGGCCACUCCAAGUGAUAGCGAAGGUGAAUCACUAGACGAAGAUCUUCUUUCAACAUCGUCGUCAUCAACAUUACUUCUUCCACGUGAUAAGCCUCCACCAAGACCGCCACCUCCAGUUCGUCGCAAACUGCCUAGGUCUCCUGUCCUAGAGGAGGAGAUUAUUGACGGAUUUGCCAUAUUAGAGUUCAAAACGUAUGAAGAUCUAGAGUUUGCCAUUAAGCUGGGACAAAAGCGUAAGGAAAAGCGACUUUCGGCUUUAGAGGAACUUACGUGCACAUAUAGCAUAGAGGAAAUGAAAAUGCCAAAGAUUAUUGAUACUGGCCAGCCUCACCCAUUGCGUACCACAAAUUCUUCCAAUUUAUCAAGCGCAAGCAACAAUAAUUUAAAAGAAUCUAAUCACCACCAACAUCGCAGUGUUAAUGUUGGUAGUGGUAGUGGAGGUACAAUUGUGGCUACGGCUAACACCAUCAGCACUAACAAUAAUUCAACAAAUAACAAUAGCAAUAGGAUCUACAAUAUGCCAAUGUCAAGUAUACCCGAUACCGAAGCUGUAAAGUGGGUAGGAGAUCCAUAUGGACAGCAACAAGAAAAGCUUGCCAGCAAGGAAAAUCAAAUUAGUAGUAGUCAACACUUGAACCAUGUAAUCCAAUCAAAUAACUCUGUAAUGAACAUAAGCAAUACGCCUGUCGCAGGAACCGUUAAUACUGUCACUGUUAGCUGCAUUCUGGAGGAGCACAUUGAAAAGUUAUCUACUGGCGCAGUCGUACCGCACAUAGAGCUAAGUGACAAUAGAAAUGAAAAUAGUUCCGGGGGUACUUCACAAGAUACCAUAAACAAUGAUAGCCAACCAAAAAGUGAUGUAGCAGAAUACAUUAACAUGAAGGACACAAAAUCAACUGAUGCCUCCCCUAUGAACAAUCGUCUAAGCACUAUGUUAUCAUCCUGCUCAAAAGCUAUCAAGCUGAAAAAUGUAGAAAGUAGCGAAACUGAUGCCAAUGCAGAAACUGUCGCAGAAGGCUUAAAGUUAGAAAUUGAAGACUAUGCAAUUGAAACAGCAAAGGUCUUAGCAGCUAGUAUUUUACUUAACAAGGAUACUGAUCCAAACGGUAGUUUUACUGAUGUUUCAAAUCACUGCACUAUCAGCAAAAAAGAAACUAAUAUCUGUGAUAAAGCUAUAGGCGGAAAUAAGGUAAGUGAUAACCAACAAACUGUUAAAUUUUGCAGACUAAAUAUAUAGUUCGAGCGGAAGUUG